GCCGCCCCCGACCGCGACCUGGUGGCCCUCAGUCUGCAGCGAUGGAGGGCCGAGGCAAAGGUCGUGGCGGAGGCAGAGGGGGCUGGAACGGGGACCGCGCUGGCUACGGCGGAGGAUCCAAGUCAUGGGACCGAGACUGGAGCCAGGCGCAUAGCUCGCACGGCAGUGGACGAAGUGGUCGGCCACAGCAUCAUCAUCACUACCAUGGUGAGCGCGAGGGGGAACGCGAUAGAGCUCGCGACCGCGAUCGGGGCAGAGAUCGCGACAGAGAUCGUCGGCGCCGACCUCGGGGAGAAGAUCCGGGAGGCCGAGAAGACCGCGCUCAAGCUCGACCCCACGCACGCGAAGCUUCGCCGCGACGCAGUGGCGAAGGAGGAAGCCGAACGCGCUCAGGCGCAAGGGGAGGCCAUCGUGAAGGCCAUCGACGCGAAGUUCAACGAGUUCAUCGCUGGUCAGCGGGCUCUCGUGGGUGAGAAGCGCAUCCUCACCAGCCUUCAAAGAAGGCAUGCAGCGGCGGAAAUGGGCCAUUUCGCCCAGCUCACCACGGGCACGCUCGAGGAGUUCCAGACGGCGUGCGAGGGGCGCUGGGCCAACCGUGAGUUCCUCAAGCUGAUCCACCGCCUCUUCGAGACCUACAAGCCCGACGUGAAGCCCCCGCGCUACAAGGGGGAGAGGAUCCUGGCGGCCUUCGACAUCCUGCGCACCGCCCAGUGA